AUGACAAUUUUCAUGUUCCCUGGCAGAUUCAUAAGCUCCAUGGAGGCAGCAAACCAGACAGGAGCACCACAAUUCCUCCUUCUGGGACUCUCCAAAGAUCCGGACAUGCAGCCCCUCCUCUUUGGAGUGUUCCUAUCCAUGUACCUGGUAACCGUGCUGGGGAACCUGCUCAUCAUCCUGGCCAGCAUCUCUGACCCCGGUCUGCACACGCCCAUGUACUUCUUCCUCAGCAACCUGUCUUUCACAGACAUCUGCUUCACCACCACCACCGUCCCCAAGAUGCUGGUGAGCCUCCAGAUGCACAGCAAAGGCAUGUCCUACCUAGGCUGCCUGACGCAGGUCUACUUUUUAAUUAUAUUUUCUGGACUGGAAAGUUUCCUCCUGAGUGUGAUGGCCUAUGACCGCUUCGUGGCCAUCUGCCACCCCCUGCACUACACGGUCAUCAUGAACCCCCGUCUCUGUGUCUACUUGGUUCUUAUGUGUUGGCUGGUCAACUUUUGGGAUUCCCUGUUUCAGAUCCUUCUGUUGGCACGGCUGACUUUCUGCGUGGGCACUGAAAUUCCACAUUUCAUCUGUGAACUGGCUCAGGUACUCAAGGUAGCCUGCUCAGACACCCUCAUCAACCAUGCUGUCUUGUAUGUGUCUGCUGCCGUGAUGGGUGUGGUUCCUCUCAGUGGCAUCCUCUACUCUUACUCUCAGAUCGUCUCUUCCCUAAUGCGCAUGUCCUCCAGGAAGGGCAAGUCCAAGGCUUUCUCCACCUGCGGCUCUCACCUCUGCGUGGUCACCUUGUUUUAUGGCACUGCCCUGGGUGUGUAUCUCAUUUCUCCGGCCACUCACUCUUCUGAGAAAAAUUCUAUUGCCUCGGUGAUGUACACAGUGGUGACCCCCAUGCUGAACCCCUUCAUCUACAGCCUGAGGAACAAGGAUGUCAAAGGGGCACUGGGCAGGCUCCUCAGACGAGCAGUUUCUUAUCAGUGA